AGGCAGCAGACGUCUUUUCCAGAGGAUGGGAAACCUGGAGGCUGGAAUCGCCUCACGUUUGGAAGGAGGAGGAGGAGGAGGAGGCAGCGGAGCAGGAGGGAGAGCCGAGGGAUCGGAACACUGGAGCUCAAGGAUAAGCCAUGGACACUGCGUACAUCCCAACACAGCUGGAGGUCCAUCAUGCUCCCUGCUAACCUCCUGCUCCUCAUGGUCCUGCUGCUACCUCAAGCCUUGUCCGGUGGCCAGGGUGACACCGGCGAGGUCUACAAUGGCAGGCUAGCCGGCGCACCGCCCUUCACUUCGGAGCCCAGGCUGACCGGUUUCCCCCUGGAACCGGGCCUGACUCAGACCAUCCAGAGUCUCCUGCUGAGCCGCCUGGGACUGCAUUCGCAACCCAACCCUCGGCCUGGCGUGCCGGUCCCUCGGUACCUCAUGGAUCUGUACCGCUUCCACCAGCAGCAGUACCACAUGCUGGAGGACCCCUCCUUCAGCUUCCCCAGCCAGCACGUGCAGCAGGCCAACACCGUACGCAGCUUUCACCACACCGAGCCCCUCACAGCAGAGGACCACAAAUGGGCGCACAUCUCCUUCAACAUUUCCUCCAUCCCCCUUGAUGAGAAGGUGCUCUCGGCUGAGCUCCGCCUCUUGCGUACCGCCAGGAGCGCCUCCCUGGGCCCCGGCCCCCACAGACUGAACCUGUACCUCUCUGGGCGCCAACAGGACCCGCGCCCCACCCUACUAGAGACCAGAUUCCUCGCCGCUGAGCCUCAAAGUCAUACAUCCAGCGGCCUCUGGGAGGCAUUCAGCCUGAACGCAGAACUCUUCGAUUUAGCCCUGAACGGAGACGACCACCUUGACUUUCUCCUAGAGGUGGUGCCAGAAAACAGCACCGGUUUGGGCGAAGGGGAGGGACACAAGAGGGGGCACUUGAGGGUCUGUAGGUCAGUGGGGCAGGACGAGCACAGCUGGGCCCAGGAGAGGCCCCUCCUGGUGACUUAUAGUCAUGACGGGCGGGGAGAAUCGUUGGUCAAACACGGACAAAGGAACCUUAGUGGGAUGCCCAGGAAAAGUUGGAAUAGAGACCAAAAGUGGGGCCGGGUUAAAACGUAUAACACGCCGAGCUGGGAUGGCCAAACGGGAAGGGUUAAACGUAACGGCGGUCGCGCGGCCAAGCUCAAGCGCCUCUCCCGCAACCGCUGCCGCCGCCAUCCCCUCUACGUGGAUUUUAACGACGUGGGCUGGCACAAGUGGAUCAUCGCGCCCAGCGGCUACAACGCCUUCUUCUGCCUGGGCGAGUGCCGCUUCCCCCUGGCCGACCACAUGAAUUCCUCCAGCCACGCUAUGGUGCAGACGCUGGUCAACUCAGUCAACGGCGCCGUGCCACGGGCCUGCUGCGUGCCCACCUCGCUCAGUCCCAUCGCCCUUCUCUACCUGGACCCCCAGGACCGCGUGGUGCUGAAGAACUACCAGGACAUGGUGGUGGAGGGCUGCGGGUGCCGGUAGCGUGCAGGAGAAACCGUCUGGGGAGGAAAAUGAUGGCAGGAUGUUCUCCAGCAAGGAAAAUCCCAAUUUAAGCUUAAAUGUCAGAAAAUAUGACGGCACUUUUCCACUGCACGGUAUCGGAAGGUGCGAAAAACAUGCAGAAUUGAACGCAUGAGCUAAAAUGAGAAAAACUUUAUCUGAGAGGAGACUGAGGCGGUUGCAGCCAAAUGGAGACUGUGGAGUGUAACACUGCAUCCACAGCUAAAAUAGUGUACACAAACAUUGCAAAUCGGCCCAAAUUUGAGAAUCCCCCCCACCCACCCACCCACAAACACACACACACACAUCUUCCGAUCAGCGUCAACAAGGGCCAGAUUAUCAAUUGUCUCUAAAAGAUUAUCUUGAGCAAUUAUCCUGCGGUGUGGGAUGUGUUAAGAGUUAUUUCUCGUCCCUGAUCUGCUCGCAAAAUGGUCAAGCUGACAAUUGUAAAUGUUAAAAUGAUUAUCUAUUUACGAUCGCAAAUGCAGAACAAUAGACCAAUGAGCAGGUUAAACUCAUACGGACAAUGGAGACUGUGGAGUGUAACACUGCAUCCACAGCUAAAAUGGGGUACACAAACAUUGCAAAUCGGCCCAAAUUUGAGAAUCCCCCCCACCUACCCAACCACACACACACAUACACACACACACACCUUCCGAUCAUAGUCAACAAAGGCCCUAUUAUCAGAUAUCUCUAAAAGAUUAUCCUGAGCGAUUAUGCUGUGGUGUGGGGAGUGUUAAGAGGGAUUUCUCCACCCCCAUCUGCUCGCAAAACAGUCAGGCCGACAAUCGCAAUGUUAAACCUGUUCAAUACAUGCCAUUCCUAAUUCUUGUUUGGUCGACAUCAAGUUAGGCCCAGCCACGACUAUCUCGAGUACACCAGACAUGAUAAGAGAAUAAACACACUUGCAGAUUUUAUUUUCCUUGUCAUGUUUGGGGUCUCUCACUUUUUAAAAAUUGCUUAAUAUGUUAAAAAGCUGUAUGUGUGUACCCAUCUUAAAGCGGGGUACACACAUACCGGCAAUCGGACCAAAUUUGAGCCUUUUCCACCCCUUCUGAUCAAAGUCAGCAAAGGCCCGAUUAUGGGAUGCCUCGAAAAAAAAUGAUCCUGAGCAAUACUCUUGUGGUGUGGGGUGUGCUAAGAUACAUUUUUCCUUCUCAAUCAUUGCCUUGUCUAUGUGAGGCCUCUUACAUUUUUUGAAUUGGUUAAGAUUUUUAAAAAUCGAUAUGUGUUUACCCCGCUUAAGCUUCUUGAUCAGUGACUGACCAGCAGUGGUUCACCCAUAACGCUGAUAUGAAAGUGUCAAUAGCGAGUGUAUACCGUGCAGUGGGAAAAGGGUGGCAACACACAUUUUUGUUUUACAAUAGCGAUAAACGCCAGUCAUCAAAGCAUCUUCAUGAAAAACUGGUCGUGAAAGCAUCUUUCUUUCACCAGCUAUUUCAAUACAAAACACAUCAGCAAUGCUGAGAAAGAAAAAAAAACAGCGCUAUUGUUUUAACUGUACUCCAUUAUUAUUUAAAAGAAAACUUUUCUUUACAGACGUGAAAGUGAUCUGAUGCGAUUCCAUCUCAAUCCACCGUUGCUCCAUUGUUUAACUUAAAAUGUAUUUAAAGACUGCAGCGUUGUGGUGUAUUUAAUCUCAGUGAUAUUUAAGAUAAACUGCACAGUCACAUGAAGUAAGUUAUACUGUAGCUUUAUAUGUUUGUGCAUCAUGUCAGCUGAGCAACAUAAACAACAUAAGUGGUGUCCACUAACAAAGCUGUGUGUAUGAGUGUGCGUGCGUGUAUGACCUAGGGAUUGGACAGACUAGUCGACUUUACUACUUUACAAUGACGUUUAGACUAUGACAUUGACUACUCGCUAAUAGGAGUCUAAUUCAUAACUUGACUAGUUGAUGAGUCGACUUUACAACUCCACGAUGUUUGGAGUGUGACAUCCACUAGUCACUAAUAGGGGUUGAACCGAUUAGUCGACUAGUUGAUGAGUCAACUUUACUACUCCACAAUAACAUUUAGACUGUAACCUCGACUAGUCACUUAUAGGGAUUGGACCAAUUAGUUACUCCUCCACAAAGAUAUUUAAAGCGUGGCAUUAACAAGUCGCUGAUAGGGGUCGAACCAAUUAGUCGAUUAGUCAUCAAGUCGACUUUACUCCUCCACAAUGAUAUUUAAAGCACGACGUCGACAAGUCACUAACGGGAAUGAACUGAAUAAUUGGCUAUUCGAUGAGUCAACAUUACUACUCCACAAUGAUGUUUAGCGCAUGACGUUGACUUUACUCAAGUCAACUCAUCGCUAAUCAUGUAGCAUCGUGUCUUCCAAACGGCCAGUUUACUGUGGACUGUCAACUCGCCCAUCUGCUUUCUUCACUGGACUAUAAUGCUUUGUGGAGCUGUGAACUGUCCCAGCAGCUAGCGGGUCUUCACCCAGCCCACGUCGAUCCUCUUGUGUUCUAACAUGUGUGUUCUUCAUGAAUUGGGUGUUUGAAGACCUAUAUGCUCAAAUACCAUUAAUAACAUCAUCAGCGACUUUUCGACAUUGACUCGACUUUCACCACAUUAGUGUCGACCCCUGUUGUCUAUGUGUGUGUGUGUGUGUGUGUGUGUGUGUGUGUAUGUGUGCGCCUGCGCGUAUCAUCGUUGGUGCCGAAGUGAAGUCUCGUUUGUUGUGUCUGCAUGUGCCAACAGCAAAGAAAAAUUAUGAUGACACAUUUUGUGCCUUUCAAAACGACGUGUUCUUUGCUCAUUGUUUUUCCAGUGUUGCAUUCUCUUCUCUCUUUGUGAAAACACCGAUGCAGCAGCAGCUUGUAAAACUUCCGAAUAUGACUCCCAAUAAAGAAAACAAACCUG